CACCAUUCAGCUCACAAACAAAACACAGUAUUUAUACGAGACUAGUGGUAAUGCGGAGAAAAAACUUUUUGCUACGCUUUCAAAGUUUAGAUUAGAUAUGAGUUUCUGUAAACUGUGCUUCGUGUUUAUUUUGAUUUACUCCGAUGUUUCAAGCGGACAGAACAACGAAAACAAAGCAGUAAGAUUUGUACAAAAAUCGGGAAAAGUAUGCCCACGACCAGAGCCGACAAGGACUGCACUUUUGAAAACAAAGUACGCAGACAAAUCUAAGUUCAACGCUGGUGAUGUUAUUGAAUUUAAGUGUAAACAGGGGUACUUUCGCAAAGGAGGAAGUAGGAAAAGAAAAUGUCGUAAGGGAAAAUGGACUCGACUCAGAUUGAAAUGUGCAUCCACGGGAUCAUGUGUACGACCAGACCCUGUUGCGAAUGCAGUUUUGAAAUCAGAAUAUCGAACUAAAGAAAGGUUCAAUGACGGCGAAAGUGUGGGGUACGAUUGUGCUGUUGGUUAUACGAUUGCGGGGAGGAGUAGAGAACGAAAGUGCAACAAAGGUAGAUGGUCGGAAAUCAGGUUUACAUGCAACUUGAUUACUUGUCCUUAUGUGCCGCCACCGGAACACGGGCGUCGAUUAGACCCAAACAACGGUGCUGGACAGACUACUGAGUUUGGUUGUAACAUUGGUUAUGAACUGAAAGGACAAAGAAAACUCCUCUGUAGAACAGACGGCAAGUGGUUGCCAUCAAGACCGCCGACGUGCAAACCAAUUUUGUGCCCAGAACUAAGUAGAGUAAGGAAUGGAAGACUCUUUCAGGAUACAAGUGAUGGAAUUCGAAACAAUUACGAAAGUGUGGCUGAAUACACCUGCAAUUCAGGGUUCUAUUUGAAUGGCAACACGAAAUUGAAGGUGUAUGAAAGAGUUUGCCAAGCAGAUGGGACGUGGGAUGGAAAACAACCAAUUUGUGACGUCCCAAGAUGUGAGCGAAUUCCAGAUUUUUAUGGAGGAGAUGUUACAUAUUUUGGAGAUCGGAAGCUAUACUCGCAAGCUUUCUACAGAUGUGCUGAUACCUUUUCCUUGAUUCCAAGCGAUGUGGGGCACUCAGAAUGUGACGACACACUCAGAUGGAUACCAGAUCCACCAAACUGUUACAAAAAGGCAAAGAAAGAGGUUCCCGCCAAUGGAUAUAGUCGUCAAGGAGGAAACGAUAUACUUCUUCAUUCUGAAUCAUAUCGAGUUUGCUGUUACAGAAGUUACGAGAUGAAAAGUGGUGCGAACUAUAUAGAUCGGGAUUGUGAACGCAUUGUAAAUAACAACGGAACACUUGACCCAAGUGUACCUGAAUGUGUUGAAGAACGAUGUGAUCCUUCUGAACAGUACCAGGCAAAUGUUAAAUAUGAGAAUGGGACAGAGGUUCAGGAGAAAUUUCCAAGUCAGACGGAUGUUUUCCUCUCAUGUAAAAAUGGAUAUGACUACUACAGGGGUGACCGACCAAUGCAAACACCACUGAAAAGAACCUGCGUAAAAGGAAACAUUAAAUACGCUCCGAAAUGCCAGGAAGCUUGGUGUUUGUUUUCUGGAUAUCCAAACAACGAAGACACCUUCCAUCGUGUAUACCGUGCUGAUGCACGCCUAGUCGCUGAAGAUCAGUAUAUAUAUCCAAGGAAAACGAUUGAAGUGUUUUGCAAAAAAGGAUAUGAGUUGUACAUAAAUUCAUCAAAGUCCUACCGGCGGCAGGAGUUUACCUCGGAAUGUAGAUUUGGUCAAUUUAGUGAGACGAAGGAAAAGUUUCCGAUUUGUCUGGAAAAACGUUGUGAUCCAGAUGACCUGUCCAAUGCAGUUGUAAAGGAUGAAAAUGGUGAAAGGAUUAGGACGAAGAUACCUAGUAGGACAGAGGUAUACCUUUCAUGUCAAAACGGAUAUGAGUAUUACUCUAAUGGUCGACCUAUGAACAAGCCGGUGAUAAGAGAAUGUGUUAAAGGAACAAUCAUAAAUGCACCAGAAUGCGAGGAACAAAAAUGUUUGUUUUCUGGAUACCCAAAUAACAAAGACACACAUCAUCGAUCUGAUGGGCGCAAAGUUGUUGUCGGUCAGUAUAUAGACCAUAGGAAGAAGGUUCAAGUGGAUUGCCUGAAGGACAAGGAAGAGUUUGAGCUGUAUGUUAAUUCGUCGCAAACGUAUCUAGAUGAAUUUACCACGGAAUGCAGAUAUGGACAAUUUGUUAAGAAAAGGGAAGACUUUCCGAUUUGCCUGGAGAAACGAUGUUCUUUUGAUGUCUCAAAUGAUGUUUGUUUCUCGACGGAUGGCAACGGCGCUUGUAAACCUAAUACAUUUAAGAUUCAUAGCGGAUCCAAAGUACAAAUGAGAUGUAAAGAUGAGUACAAGCUUCGUCGGUCUGAGGGUAGACGCUCUGUAGAUGUUAAUGGACAUACAUUAUUGCACUGCAACAAAGGGAACUAUCCCAAAGUUUAUAAGUGCAUUCCGGACGGGGUUUUAAAGGAACUUGAACAUCGAGCAAAUGAACUUGGAGAAAUUGCCGCUGAAAUUAUUGAUCAGUUUACCUGCCGUUUUUCCAUCUUUGGAUUCGAACCUUGUGAAGACCCAUGUUUGAUUCCGAAAAUACCGUUUGGAUUUGUCACGCGGAAUUCUGAUCAGGUGGAGUACAAAGCUGAUCAUGGAACAACGAUAUCUGUAAAGUGUGAUUCUGGUUAUUCGCUGUCGGAGGAAAUGACGACUACUUGCAGGUACGGAGAAUGGGAAAAUAAACAGUUUCCGGAGUGUGUCCCUAAGCCAUGCAGACUGACACUCUUCGAUGGAAUUUCUUUUCGGGUCGAUUCGCGAUUGUUAACCGGAGCAAAUGGAACAACACAGAUAUUUGACAAUGGUACAAAGCUUCAGAUUGCUUGCGACAAGGGCUACAAAAUGAAAGAUAUGAAUUCCAAGAAAAUAGUUACAAGUAUAAUAAGACAUUCUACUUGUUCGUUGGGAAGCUGGACCAAUCGAUAUAAAUGUAUACCAGAUGGAUGUUCAGUUCCAACAGUCUCAAACGCAAGGGUGCAACAAGAGGCUGCACGUGGAUAUAAACAUAUGGAAGAGAUAACCGUUGUUUGCAAGGAAAGAUUCCAUUUUAACCAGACUAUUACAACAAAAGUGACCAAAUUUGAAACAACUUGCAACUUAGGAAACUGGACAGAUAAUAUUCCACAGGAAUGUAAACCAGACGGGUGCAAACUAGGCAUACAGAAAGGAUCUAACUAUUAUUUAGCCAACACUAACGAAUCAAUAACAACUGCUGGAAUGAUGGAACAUGGAACAGAGAUUCAGUUGCGGUGUACGGAACAGUUUGACUUAUUUAACGGCAAAAAUGAAAUGUUCCUAGAUAAAAACUUCAUGCCUACAGUAGCCUGCUAUCGAGGAAAAUGGAUAAAUCCAUACUUCUGUAAGGAAAGAUGUGCCAUAUACAAUAUAACUAACGGCACGUUUAUGAAAGAUGCAAAAAACCUCACAGCAGGUGAAACUGUUAUACAUGGAGAAAGUGUAACAGCUGAAUGUGAAGAUGAAGACUACGGUUCUAAUUUGUCAAUGGAGUGUAAUAAUGGAGAAUGGCAACAAGAGGUAGAUUGUUCCGAUCCGAGCAGUAGAUAUACUACCGUCAAAUCUACCGACUCAACGACAACAGCCAAUGGAGAUUCAACAACUGAGAACUAUGAGGGUUCAGAUGAUUAUGAAGGUUUAGAUGAAAGCCAAAGUGAAGAUACUCUUCCUGCCAAGAACCAAAGUCAAAAUAAAAGGGAAAACGGUUGCAAACUUCCUGACGAUCUGCGAUAUAGUUACGAAGAUAGUGACGGUAUGGAAAGAAACCCGGGAUCAAUAAUCUCCGAUGGAACUACAUUGACAGUGACAUGUACAACAAUUGAUCUUUAUGAAUUUUACACCGAUUAUUAUUACGGAUAUGACACAGAAUCAAAAUCAGAUCCAACGAUAGCCUGUGCUGACAAUACAUUAUCUCAAUUUGAGUUGGAUUGUCCUGAAGUGGCAGCUGAUACAUGCAUGGAAUUAGAACACGGCAACGUCAAAAAGGAAAAUGGUUACUAUAUGGUAUCGUGUGACAAAGGAUAUUCGCUGAAUUUAAUUAUACCAGAAAAAACACAAUGUCAAUGUGUAAAUGGAACGCUAAAAAGUGUGUAUGGAAACCAGGUACCACGUUGUAAACCAGAUAACUGUACAGUACCGCAUACAUUAGACGGGCGUUUAUCGGUGACUGAUUCGAACGGUGUCAGUCUUUCUGGAGGUUCCGUUGUUGCGAUUAGAGACAUUGUUUAUUUUGAUUGUUCGAAGGCAAAUGAACCGAACUAUGAACCUAAGAACAGGAAAUUCAGGUGUUCCAACGGUCUCUGGAUUGAAGCUGAAACAAAUAGCAACUGGAAGUUAGGAUAUAAUGGCAGCUUUCCAAAUUGUCGGAAAGCUAUAUGCGAACCAAACUGUACCAAUGAUGGUGUUUGUUUCAAGGACGACAUGUGUCGGUGUAAACAUUUAACAGAGGGAAGGCUAUGUGAAAAUGUGAUUUGUGACAAUAAAUGCCUAAUAAAUGGUGGAACAUGUGUCGGGCCAGGUGUCUGCGAUUGUCCACAUGGAAAGUUUGGAGAUAAUUGCGAAAAAGAAGGUUGCUUACUGCCAAAGGACGCUGCAAAGUAUAAAGACAGCAGAACAAAAUUCAGCCCCGGAGAAACUGUAACUGCCUUAUACUGUGAUGAUAACAGUUAUAUGCUAUCAUCACGAGAUGGAAUGGAAUGCCGGGAUGAUGGUUCAUGGUCAGAUAUUGUGAAAUGCAUUAAAGCCGUCGUAUACCUGAUAAGUGUGAAAACUGUUGCUGAAUGGGAAAGUAUUGGCGAAGGGACAGAUGCUAAGGUGUAUAUUACUCUGCAAGGAUUGAGUGGGAAAACAGAGAAAAUAUAUCUUGUAGGAUCGUUUGAAGCUGGUAAUCUGGACGAGACAAGAGUGAAAGCUAAAGAUGUCCGACCGAUUACCAGAGUUGUGAUAGGACAUGAUGGUAGUGGCAGUUAUCCUAAUUGGUUACUUGACUACGUUUCAAUAUAUGUAGAGAAUAUGGAGGAAUAUUACGUCUUUAGGCAUAAUGACUGGGUGACGGAUGAAAGAGAUGUUCUUUUGCCUAGACAAGGACUUGAUCAACAAACUUGCAUCGAUUCAUUUGAUAGUGGUCAUAAGUGGUAUCCAAAAUGGGGAUCCAUAAGACGUAAAGACGGGUAUGAAAUUGGCAGAGGCGGUAGAAUGUCACUGAGAGGAUGUAAACAAGCAUGCAUCAACCUACAGAACAUGCAGUGUGUUGCAGUGAAAUAUAGCAACGACGAUGAGAAAAUUUGCCAUGGUUUUGCCGUAUCCGAUAAACGCUAUUUUUCUGAAAGUCAUGGAAGAUGGAAGUCACCAGUGUAUUUACGAACAUGCAAAUAAUCUGAAAAACAGUUAUAGCAAAGGGAGCGAUUGUUAAUGGAAUGAUUAUUUGAUCAUGAAAGUAUUUCUUUUUUUCUAUACCAAUGGUAGAGAUUAUAUAGUUUAUAAAAUUUUGCUACUUAAAGAUAUAUUUUGCCCUAAGUUCAUAUUUGAAAACAUUAACCAUUACUAUACAGUAAAUAUGUCAACUUAAAGCAAAAAUGUUUGAGUUGAAGUAUUGUGCAUUAAGUGUAAUAAUAUAAUAAUAAUAUAUAAGUGAACACAAAAUGAAUCUAUAAUGUUACUAAAAUCAGAAGUCAAUUGUUGUAGAUGGAGAAGGGAAUAUCCGGUUCGAGGGUAUCUGUUUAUGCGGUAACGAGGCUCGGCCAGUCUGGUGUACAAGGUUAUGGCCUUUUAAUGUUUGCGACUAAAGCUUUGAAUAUAAAAAAUCUUAUAUCUAGCCAAAUUGAAUACAUUUCAUGAUGAUUUCCGACACUUAAAUCAAUAUGUAAAAAUAAAAUAUUUUAGCAACAAAUGAGCAUAGUACAUCUUUAAGUAGCAUUCACUUUAUGUAAUAGGCUUAUUUAAUGGCUUGCCUUUCAGUAAUCUAGACAAUUUGCAUAGUUCUGACUAUUGACUAGAAGUAGUUAAUUAAACAAUGUUCUUUACACUACAUCAGUUUACAUUAAGUUUUUAAUAUUUUUUAGUUUUGACUUUAAUAUUACAAACCAGGAUUGUUUAGGAUCGGCGUCAAACAUAUAAAAUAGAAUAAAAUCGUCUUUUUAGUUCAUCUGAGCACAAAGUGCUCAGGGUGAACUAUUGUGUGUGUUACUUGGAUGAUCCUCUUUAAAUAUUGUUCAAAGAAUUGAAUUCCACAUUGCCAUGGCAACCGAAAGGAAAAUAUUUAAAAAUAUUCUUGUCCAAAACCGCAAGGCAUAGAUGUCCGAUAUUUGGCAUAUGUCAUCAUCUAAUGGUUCUCUAUAAAGACUGUUGGGAUGAAAAGAGGCCCCGCCUCGGGGAUCUGAAGUUUUACAUAGACUUAUAUAGGAAAAAACUUCAAAAAUCAUCUUUUCUGAAACUGCAAUACCUAGGCUUUUGAUAUUUGGUGAGUUGCAUUGCCUAGUGAUCCUCUACCAAGAUUAUUAAAAUUACAUGUAUGCCUGUGAGAUGAAAAGAGGCCCCACCCAGGGGUCCCCAAGUUUUACAUAGACUUAUAUAGGAAAAACUUUAAAGAUCUUCUCGCCUGAAAUCGCAAGACCUAGACCUUUGAUAUUUGUGCACGUGCAUAGCCAAGCACGGGAUUUUAGCAAAAGAAAAAAAUUAUUUUACAGAUAUUUGUGUAGGCAUUUAGGUCAAUAAAACGAUGUAAAAAAUUCACUAGCUUACGUUUUAAAAUAAAACAAAAUAUCUACAUUCUUCAAGGUUCUAGUUGGAAGUUUUGCUUAUUCACAUACCUUAAAAUUGAGAAUACUAAUGGUCAAAGUUGUUAAAGACGCUCACUACAGUUUCGUAAUCUUUUUCCCAAUAAUAGAUUUGGAUAAAAUGUUCUGUAUUACAAGAUCAUGUUAUGAUGUAUUGAAAAAUGAAAUAAAAAUACUAGGUCACCA